AAAAAGAAAAAAAGAAAAAAGAAAAUAAAGAAAAGAAAAGGAAAAAAAAAAGACCUUAUCCUCUAUCUCUCUUCCCUUCUCUCCUGCUUCUCUGUUUUCCUCUGGUUCUCUCUCUAAUUCUCUUUGAAGCUCGUCAAUGGCGUCUCAGAUCUAAGGCUUUGUUAUUAUUUGUUCUUGGAAUUUCGUGGAGAGUUUUGAGGAAGCUUGGACUGGUUUAGAGGGUUGCGACAUUUUUGGGGGUGAAGAAAGGGGAAGGAAAAUUAGGGCAAAGAUUUGUUGGUUGUGAUAUGCUGAGAAUGGCGAGUACGUUUCCAGAGGAUGUGUUGGAGCAUGUGUUUUCGUUUAUACAGUGUCAUAAAGAUAGGAACUCGAUUUCCAUGGUGUGUAAGUCGUGGUAUGAGAUUGAGAGGUGGUGUAGGAAGAGGGUUUUUGUUGGGAACUGCUAUGCGGUGAGUCCUCAGAUUGUAAUCAGGCGGUUUCCGGAUGUGAGAUCUCUGGAGUUGAAAGGGAAGCCGCACUUUGCGGAUUUUAGUUUGGUUCCGGAUGGUUGGGGUGGGUAUGUUUAUCCGUGGAUCCUGGCUAUGGCUUCUGCUUAUCCUUUGCUGGAGGAGAUCAGGUUGAAGAGAAUGGUGGUUACGGAUGAGAGUUUGGAGCUCAUUUCCAAGUCUUUUAAGAAUUUUAAGGUUCUUGUGUUGAUGACUUGUGAAGGAUUCAGUACUGAUGGGCUUGCGGCAAUUGCUGCCAAUUGCAGGAAUUUGAAAGUGUUGGAUUUACGAGAGAGUGAUGUGGAAGAUCUGAAUGGGCAUUGGCUCAGCCAUUUUCCUGAUACGUAUACGUCAUUGGUGUCCCUCAAUAUUGCCUGUUUGGGGUCUGAGGUGAGUGUUUCUGCAUUGGAGCGUCUCGUGGAUAGGUGUCCAAACUUGCGGACACUGCGACUCAAUCGUCCAGUUCCCCUUGAUAGGCAUGCCAACCUACUUUGUCGUGCACCUCAGCUGGUUGAGUUUGGUGCUGGAUGCUACACAGCUGACUUGAGAUCUGAAGUUUUUUCUAGCUUAACUGGGGCAUUUACAAACUGCACAGAAUUGAAGAGUCUAUCGGGAUUUUGGGAUGUGGUCCCUGCAUACCUUCCUUCCGUUUAUCCAACUUGCUCUAGGCUAACAUCCUUAAACCUAAGCUAUGCUACAAUUCAAUGUGACGAUCUUACCAAGCUUGUCACUCAAUGUUAUAAUUUGCAGAAACUUUGGGUGCUGGAUUACAUUGAAGAUUCCGGCCUUGAAGCCGUUGCAGAUACCUGCAAGGAUCUUCGAGAAUUAAGAGUGUUUCCAUCCGAACUGUAUGGGCCAGAACCAAAUGUGUCUUUGACAGAACAAGGACUUGUCUCUGUUUCUGAAGGUUGCCCAAAGCUCCAAUCUGUUCUAUAUUUUUGUCGUCAAAUGACAAAUGCUGCCUUAGUGACCAUCGCCAGGAAUCGUCCAAACAUGACCCGAUUUCGUCUAUGUAUUAUGGAGCCACGGACUCCCGAUUACCUCACAGAGCAGCCACUUGAUGUAGGCUUUGGUGCCAUUGUUGAGUAUUGCAAAGAUCUCCAGCGCUUUUCCCUCUCUGGGCUUCUUACAGAUCGAUGUUUUGAAUAUAUAGGGACUUACGGCAAGAAGCUAGAGAUGUUAUCUGUGGCAUUUGCAGGCAAUAGUGAUUUAGGUCUUCAUCAUGUGUUGUCUGGAUGUGAUAGUCUUCGCAAGCUGGAGAUCAGGGACUGUCCUUUUGGUGAUAAAGCUCUUUUGGCCAAUGCUGCAAAGCUCGAGACAAUGCGAUCCCUUUGGAUGUCUUCUUGCUCAGUGAGUUUUGGAGCAUGCAAAUUGUUAGCUCAGAAGUUUCCCCAACUCAAUGUCGAAGUUAUAGAUGAGAGGGGUCCCCCAAAUACAAGGCCUGAAAGUUGUCCCGUGGAGAGACUUUACAUAUACCGAAGUGUCACUGGGCGUCGGUUAGAUAUGCCUGGUUUUGUGUGGACAAUGGACGGAGAUGCUCCUCUAAGGCUUACUUGAUACAACUCUCCGACACCCGGGAUCAAAACCUAGUAGGUGAUGGCUCACAUAAUGGGAAUGGAGAUGAUAGUAGGUACAUGCCCCUCAUGCUAUUUACUACUACUAUCCUAAUGUAGCUCUGUGUCAAUAACAUAAUUUGCAGCUCUAAUUUAAAAUGGAGUGAGGUACAUUUUACAGAGGCAGAGGGAACUCCAUUGCCAUUCAUUUUAUACUUUGGCUGAGCUGUGGCCGGGGAUGGAUAGACAAGCAUUUAGUGAUCAAAAUAAAGAUAGCAAAGUUUCUUAUUCCUUUUCUUCAUUGUACUGUACCCAAACGGAUUUAUGGUGAAUUUGCAAGUCACCCUGUAUACUAUGGGCAGAAUCUUUUGCUUGUAUGUUAAUCAUUAGACAUUCAUUUCAGAUUUCAACUGAACUUAGUUCUUGUCCUCUAA